AUGAUUUCCAUAGACUCACUACUCGCAGAAGGGGACCAUUUUGGUUUCGACUUGAAGAGGUUGCAGCCAGCUGCCACUGACCCACUUUGUGAGAGCGUGACACCACCGCCACCUACCUUGUACUGCUCCACCGGUUCCCUAGUGGAAGUUCUUAGACAGGUAAAGGAGGAGCUUCAUCCAAUUAGCCUAGAGAUCGAUCCGGAGUGCGAGUGCGAUAUUCGAAUUGACAGGGUCCUGUUGCAUUCUCGUUGGGAGGUGAGAUUUGUGCUGCCAAGGAGGGGAGUUCGUGCUGCUGCUGCUAUGAAAUUGUUUGUCCACUAUCUACUCGAAAAGGACAAAUGCAUAACUGUGAAAGGCAACCUCGAGGACGCUUUCCAACUACAUGGAAGAUAUAAAAACGGCACGGUGGAAUUCACGCGCCUGGGAGCCGACAUGAUGUGGUGGCUGCAAAAACCGAUUAAACGCGAGCUGGACGAUUUUAGCGUCGUUCCCAUCGAAUCAGCCGGCCCCUUACAAACGUUGAAGCGUUGCGGAAAGGAGACAGAGCUGAAAACUGAACAAGGAGCAAAGACACAGAAGAUGGAGACGGUGAUGUUGCAGUUCAACCAGCAAGAAGUGAGCCAGAUCAUAGGCAGAGGCGGCAGUAGAUUAAACUCCAUCAGGAUCCAGCUGAAAUGCUGGAUCAACGUGCUACCACCUCGACGAGACGACACACGGCAUUUUCUAGUGACGGGGCAAAAAAAUGUCAAGCAGGAUAUCGUUGUAUCUGGUUUUGUCGGUAACGUCAAGAUUGCAAUCGAUGAGAUUGGUAGGAUCGUGGGUGACACAAGAACUGUGUGGUAG